ACUCAAACCGCCAGCAGCCAGCUCACACAGCACUAUCUGUGGUGAAAUGGUGAAGCACCUGCCCGUGUCCCCAGAAAUGCUUGCUACAGCCUUGCACUAUGUGAAAAUGGGAGUUGCAUUUAAACUGCUCCAGCAUGUCCCUGUGCGAAGUGAAACAUGACUCCUAUGAUGAGGUUUUUAUUUACAACAGGGAGGAAUAAUCUGCCUCUCUUGUUGUGUCAUGCCAGGCAGCAAAUAAUCCCUGAGUGUGUGUGUCUGUGUGUGUGUGUUUCCCCGUUCAAAGCAUGUAGGCUACAGAUGUUCUCUCUCUCUCUCCCCCCUCUCUCUCUCCUUUCCCUUGUGAAGAUAAGUGUACACACACACACACACACACACACGUUCCUCUCCUGCAGCCUCGCAAGGUAGAGUGUGUGAUGCCAUGACCGAGGACGCGUCCAUCCUCUGCUGAGAACCAUGCGCUGCCGGCUGAGCCCUGCUGGAAUGAACCGACUGAAAGAGGCUUUCAAGGGACUCACCUGUGGAUUUGCGCCGUCAAGAUGCCUUAUGUGACCAAACCUCUGAUUUUACUUCUGUGUCUGCUCGUUACCGCUGAAUGCCGUAAGCACGGCAACCGGGUACGGAGAUGGACCGGUACCGUGGAGACCCAAAAACACGGCACCUCUUUGGCAAAGAAGCCCCCAGAUGUGACCAAGUCUCGCAAAAUGAAGACAGAACAUCUGCUCAAAGUGGACGAUCAUGACUUUACCAUGAGGCCAGCAUUUGGAGGUCCAGCAAUCCCUGUUGGAGUGGAUGUUCAGGUGGAGAGCUUGGACAGCAUCUCCGAGGUCGAUAUGGACUUCACCAUGACUCUGUACCUGAGGCACUACUGGAAGGAUGAGCGCCUGUCAUUCACUAGCAGCACCAAUAAGAGCAUGACAUUUGAUGGUCGCCUGGUGAAGAAGAUCUGGGUCCCUGAUGUCUUCUUUGUGCACUCUAAAAGGUCCUUCAUCCACGAUACCACCACCGACAACAUCAUGCUGCGGGUCUUUCCUGAUGGACACGUGCUCUACAGCUUGAGAGUGACGGUGACGGCAGCCUGUAACAUGGACUUCAGCCGCUUUCCUCUGGACUCUCAGACCUGCUCGCUGGAGCUGGAGAGUUAUGCCUACACAGAUGAAGACCUGAUGCUGUAUUGGAAGAGCGGCGAUGAGUCCCUUAGCACUGAUGAUCGCAUCUCCUUAUCACAGUUCCUCAUCCAGAAGUUUCACACCACGUCUCGCUUGGCCUUCUACAGCAGCACAGGCUGGUACAAUCGUCUCUACAUCAACUUCACGUUGCGACGCCACAUCUUCUUCUUCUUGCUGCAGACAUACUUUCCUGCAACACUUAUGGUUAUGCUGUCAUGGGUGUCAUUCUGGAUCGACCGCCGGGCUGUACCGGCCAGAGUUUCCCUGGGCAUCACCACAGUGCUGACCAUGUCCACCAUCAUUACUGGAGUGAAUGCGUCCAUGCCCCGAGUGUCUUACAUCAAGGCGGUGGACAUUUACCUCUGGGUCAGCUUUGUCUUUGUCUUCUUGUCUGUAUUGGAGUAUGCUGCUGUCAACUACCUGUCCACCGUCCAGGACCGCCGGGAGCGCAAGAUGAGAGAGCGAGCCCGAUCUCAGUCCCUGCCCUGCACCUGCGGGAUCUCCCAGACCCGAACCAUGACCAUGCUCGAUGGUACUUACAGCGAGGCCGACACCAACAGCCUGGCUGGCUACACUGAGGAGCCCAUGGUGCCAGAGGAGGAGCAAGAAGAGCUGCACGAGGUCCCAGAGAAACCCGAACACAUGGUGGUUCAUCUUUCGGUGAGCAGCGAGUCCACCACCACCAAGAAGAAGAAAAGCCUGCGUGCCCUCAACAUUAUCCAGAACACACAUGCUAUUGACAAGUACUCCCGGAUGAUUUUCCCUGGUUCAUACAUCUUCUUUAACCUUAUCUACUGGUCGGUCUACUGCUGAAAGAUGCUCCUGAGUCAGGACUGUGGACGGAGGGAUGAACAAACGGACAUGAAGACUGUUCAGAAGGGGACAUUUUUGAACUAAUUCUAAGAAUGCUGUUGUAGUGUAUGUCUGGUGAUGAUGGACUAUUAAGUUUAAGGCUUUGGACAGUAACAGAGUAGGAAGACAUCACUUGGAUUGAAAAGGGCUCCAAAAGUUCAGCAACGAAACUUUGGCACUGAUCCUUUUUUGAUUUUUUAUUUAUUUUUUUCCUCAUGCAGCAAUUUGAAUGUUCAUUAACUUUCUCACACACACACACACACACACAAAAAGAAUCAUUUUAAUGGUGUUUUUAAACUACUGAUGUACAUUAUCUCAAUCUUUUUCAAUUUCUGUUUAAAUGCUCUUAGUCCUCAUUACUCCUGAGAUAAACAGCAGUUUGCUGAUAGAAAAAAAUAAUUCUUGUAUUUGAGUCAUAGCAUUAAUGGGUACAGAUGAGGUAUGUGUUGCUUGUGUUCACGCCGUGAACUACUCAACUGACAGUUGUAUGUAUUUAUACUCAUUUGUAAUGAAUGUCAUCUGAGAAUAUACAUGAUUAUAAAGUUUUUUGGGUUUUUUUUGGCACAUUAUCCAUCAGUCAUGUCUUAAAUAACAUAAACAGUAACCAGGACUUAAUUUCAGGCAAGACAGACUUUGAUCAUAAUUUGAAGUGUGUCAUCUCAAAGAAAUUAACUUAAUAUUGAGGAAUUGGCAAAUCCACA